GCUUAUACUUCAUAGCAAGCGAGAGUCCAGGGCAGUUAUAUAUCCACCGUUUUUAUACACGCACCACUAAAAGCCACGUGUACUAGUACACCACAGCAAGUAACUCAAGUAUCUCCUAAGGUGGACGUAGAACUAAAGGCCACCUUCAACUUUUGUCUCUGCAAAACCAACACGUGUUCAGCAUGCACCAUCCAAAACAUUCCAAAUACUCUUGGGCAUGUAGAAGUCAAAUUAAUUAACACUUCUACGCUUACACCAAACCUUUUUUUCCAAAACAAAAACCAAUGAGUCAUGGCCAAACCAAGAAGCCACAAGCAGACGGUGAACCCACCGAAUGCGGCGACGUUUUCGGUGUCUCCACCGCCGCGGAGCCUCACGCUGCGCCGGUGGUGUCCGCCGGUAUCGGUUCGGCUGCCAUAGAUGGCGACCCCAUAACCAUCGGAGAAGCUCUGGAAGCGGCGGCAAUAUCGAUCGGGGAUAAACCAGUGGACCAAAAUGACGCCGAUGCGAUUGGCGUCGCGGAGAUUAGGGCCACCGGAGAGAAUAAGGUGAGGUCCGGUGGGGUGGGUGAAACCGCACAAGAAGCAGCUACUUUCAACAGUCACGUCAUGCGAGUCCAAGACAUGACGAAACUUUCCGAUAUCUUAACGGAUGCGGCGGAGAAGCUCCCCGUGGACAAGGCGGUGACAAAAGAAGAUGCUGAGGCUGUGUAUACUGCAGAGGUGCAGUUUCCAUGGCAGAGAGAUGCGGCGGAAGUGGUUGCUGAACCUGGCGGAGUGGCGGCAUCCAUGGCCACCGCAGCUAACCUAAAUGAACUAAGUUGAAGUUUGAAGUGCAGUGCUUCCUCUUUUUUAAAUGUGUUAUUGAGUAAAAUUAAAGUAGCUUUAUAACUGCUGAAUAUGCAAAUGGUAUCUUGUUAACUACUAGUUCUUUGUUUUUUACUAGUCUGGUACUAUGUCAUUGUAAAUUUUUUUAGUAUUGAAAAAAUGCUUUAUAAAAGUGGUGAAACCUUGCAGCUGAUGGUCCAAAA